AGUUGUGUGUAGCUAUUUUUGCUGCAUAUACAAGAUGAUUGAUGUCUCUCAAUGGAGAGCAAGUAUUGGACUAUGGAACUACUGUCAAGCUGCCUCCAGAGGAAGUAUUGUAUUUAAGAAAUAUUGUAGACCUGCCUCCAGUGGACCAGCUAGUGAAUGCUGUCAGUAUCAAUUGAUUAAAGCUACUACUGAAGACAGUGAGUCAGACAGUACUGGAUAUAUACAAAAAGAGAAGAGAUGUACACUGCCAGCAGUUCUGUUUAUUAUUGGUUUUAUUGUCAUUUACUUUUGUUUCCUUUUAUUGAAACACAAUUCAAUUCCUCCACCAGGUCAUUGUUACUGUUAUCAAGUACAAUAUACUACUGGUGAUAUUGUUACUGAUACCCUCCAGUCAGUAGCAUUACCUGGAGAUAUUAACAUAUUCUCUUUAAUUUCUCGUCUCCUCCUCCUCUUAUCAGGAGAUGUUGAACUCAAUCCUGGACCUACUGUUGAAGAAAUUUGCUUGAAAAUAAAAGAGAUCCUUCGUUCACAUUACGCUGUAUUAGAAGAAGCAACCAAAGGCAGCCUGAAUAGGUUAUUGUCACAUUUGUAUGCUAAAAGAAUUAUUACGGAAUCAGGGAGAGAUUCACUUAACUACAGUAAAAUGAUGAAAGAGUUUAAAGCAAAUCUUUCAUUAUCAAAAGAUGAAUCAGAAUUAAAGGCGCAUUGUCAAGUGUUUCUGGAGUGUAUAUCUCAAGGUGGACCAACUGAUGCUGUUGCUAGAUCAUUAGAUAGUGAAUGGGGAAAAGUAUUUGAUAUGGAAUCAUUAUUAUCAAUGCCAGCAGCUGUACCAACUCUUUCAAGUAAUCAGGACCAAACUCAACAUGAUGAUCAAAAUGAUUAUAUCAGGCUUCAUGAUGAUAUAAUUACUAUAGCAACAGGCACUGAAAGUGAUGAUCAAAAGUCAGACACACCUCCUGAUGUCAGCAAAUAUUGCUCAAAACUGGAGGACAUUGAGGAAAUAAUUUUAAUGAAAAAAUUCUCAAAGCUGACCGGAGAAGAGAAAGAGUUCAUAAAAAAAGUCCGUUACAUUCUGGUCACUGCCACAACUAUAGAAUACUGUGCUGUGAUGGGUGCAAUUGAACCUACUGGAGCUGAUGGUAAAUAUAUUAGAGUUAUUACAAAAGAUAAAGUGGCAAAUUUUAUCCUGGGGAAAUAUACAUCAAUCAAUGUUGCAAUAACUAGGACAGGCCAGGGGCCAAAUGAGACUGAAGAUAUUCUUGUUUCAGUACAAAAAGAUGUGGAGGCUAAGUAUGUCAUUGCUAUUGGGAUAUGCUAUGGAGCAAAUGAGAGCAAAACAAAAGAACUUAGUGAUAAAACAAACUUAGGUGAUAUUAUCGUUGCCAAAAGUAUUGUCGACACUGCACAUCAGCGUAUUGAAGGAAAAGAUACAAUCGUUUUACCUACCGAGUACCAAUGUGGAAAGAAUCUUUUUAAAAUGUUCAAACACGACGAAGUCUUUAAAAUUGAAGGUAAAGCAGUUAAAGUUCAUUAUCAAAGUUCUCUGGCCUCUGAAUUCACACUGUUUUGUAGCAAAGAAGCAAAGGAAGAGAAAGUAAAAUAUGUCCAGAAAGCACUUGGAGGAGAAAUGGAAGCAAAAGGUAUUCAUAAGGCUGCUGAGAGUGUAGGAUUUGAAUGGAUCGUAAUAAAAGCUAUUGUCGACUGGGGAACAGAAGAAAAAGACAAAACAUGGCAACCAUUUGGAGCUGUCUCAUGUGCAAGGUUUGUCCUACAGUGCUUGAAUGAUCAACAAAGUAAGCUAAUUAUGGUAAGGGCGAUGAACUAUGUAUAAGUAGUUAAGUACAUGUAUAAGCUUUGCAAACUAAACUACUUUGAUAUUGAUUUUUGUUAGAGUAAACAAUACCUAUUAUUUACUCUUGUUAGAACUAACAUGCUUG